UUAAAGGAGACGAGUGUGGGGCAGGGCCAGCUUAAGGCUGCCAGCUACUGGCAGUGAGGAAAUCCAGAGGGCAGCAGCCUGCACUUAGGCAGCGCUCGCUCACUGCCUGCCUGCAGCCAGUUCUGUGCGAGGCGCAAUGGCCCAGAGGACAGGAGGCCCAGCCCUGGUGGUACUUCUGGCUUUCUGGGUGGCACUGGGCUCCUGUAACCUGCAAGGGGCAGAUCCUGGAGCAUCCACAGAUGCCGAGGGCCCCCCGUGCCCUGUCACCUGUACCUGCAGCUAUGACGACCACACAGAGGAGCUCAGCGUCUUCUGCAGUUCGAGGAACCUCACACGGCUGCCUGAUGGCAUCCCAGCGAGCACCAGGGCCCUGUGGCUUGACGGCAAUAACCUCUCCUCCAUCCCCUCAGCGGCUUUCCAAAACCUGUCCAGCUUGGACUUCCUCAACCUGCAGGGCAGCUGGCUGAGCAGUCUGGAGCCCCAGGCGCUGCUCGGCCUGCAGAACCUCUACCACUUGCACCUGGAGCGGAACCUGCUCCGGGGCCUCGCUGCUGGCUUGUUCUCGCACACGCCCAGCCUGGCUUCACUCAGCCUGAGCAACAACCUCCUGGGCCGGCUGGAAGCGGGGCUGUUCCAGGGCCUCGGUCACCUCUGGGACCUCAACCUGGGCUGGAACAGCCUAGUGGUCCUGCCCGAUACAGUGUUCCAGGGCCUGGGUAACCUCCGGGAGCUGGUGCUGGCUGGCAACAAACUGGCUUACCUGCAGCCUUCGCUCUUCUGCGGCUUGGGUGAGCUGCGAGAGCUGGACCUGAGCAGGAACGCGCUGCGCAGCGUCAAAGCCAACGUCUUCAUACACCUGCCCAGGCUGCAGAAGCUGUACCUGGACCGCAACUUUGUCACAGCUGUGGCCCCCGGGGCCUUCCUGGGCAUGAAGGCACUGCGCUGGCUGGACCUGUCCCAUAACCGCGUGGCAGGCCUCCUGGAGGACACCUUCCCAGGCCUGCUGGGUCUGCAUGUCCUGCGCCUGGCACACAAUGCCAUCACUAUCUUGCGGCCCCGUACUUUCAAAGACUUACACUUCCUGGAGGAACUGCAGCUUGGUCACAAUCGCAUCCGGCAGUUAGGUGAGAAGACAUUUGAGGGCCUUGGGCAGCUGGAGGUGCUCACGCUCAAUGACAAUCAGAUCCACGAGGUCAAAGUGGGUGCCUUCUUUGGCCUCUUCAACGUGGCUGUUAUGAAUCUCUCUGGCAACUGUCUGAAGAGCCUCCCGGAGCGAGUGUUCCAGGGCCUGGCCAAGCUGCACAGCCUGCACCUGGAGCACAGCUGCCUGGGCCGCAUCCGCCUGCACACUUUCGCCGGCCUCUCGGGGCUGCGCAGGCUCUUCCUUAGGGGCAACAGCAUCUCCAGCAUCGAGGAGCAUAGUCUGGCGGGGCUCUCUGAGCUCCUCGAGCUUGAUCUUACCGACAACCAGCUCACACAUCUGCCCCACCAGCUUUUCCAGGGACUUGGUCAGCUCGAGUACCUGCUUCUCUCGUAUAACCGGCUGUCGGCGCUGUCUGAGGAUGUCCUGAGCCCCUUGCAGCGGGCCUUCUGGCUGGACAUCUCCCACAACCGCCUGGAGGGGCUGUCGGAAGGCCUUUUCUCACGACUGGGGCGGCUGCGCUACCUCAGCCUCAGGAACAACUCUUUGCACACCUUCUCGCCACAGCCUGGCCUGGAACGCCUGUGGCUUGACGCCAACCCCUGGGACUGCCGCUGUCCCCUCAAGGCACUGCGUAACUUUGCCCUGCAGAACCCUGGCAUUGUCCCCCGCUCUGUUCAGACUGUCUGUGAGGGGGAUGACUGCCAGCCGGUGCACACCUACAACAACAUCACCUGUGCUGGCCCUGCCGACGUCUCAGGCCUCGACCUUCGAGACAUCAGCGAAACACAUUUUGUGCACUGCUGACCCUGGCUACCACUGGCCUGGUUUGGCCUAAUGCUGCCUUGUGGUCAGGACAGUUCUCACUGUUACCAGAAUCGCCAGCCCUCUAAGCUGGGGGGUGGGGGGGAGCGGGCAGAGAAUACCUACCCAUCUCUAGGGGACAGGUCCUAGGCUGCUCACUUCCUGGAAGCAGGGCAGUACCGGCAGCCAUGUGGCCUAAACUCAGAAAGGUGGGCACAGGCCAGGUGCCCAAGGACCAACCAGGAGGCGAAGCACUCAGCAGCACUCCCUGCUGGCAACAAUUAAAAGCAAGCACUAAGCAUGGCUUGUAGAGUGUGCCCUUGGGGUAGGUGACCUGUGGUCUCCGUCCUUGUCCCCACCUCUUCUACCCUGUCCUAGCUCUACCUGAGCCCAUCUGUGCCUUGCUGGUGUUGGGAACAUGUGUCCCACUUCACCCUGCUGCGUCCAUGCCCUCUUGAGCUUCCUGGGACCCUCUCCUCCAACACAAGGAACUACAGGCACCUCUAUCUUCCCAAAUCCUGGCACUGCAGCCUUCCCUCAGGGCACGACACUGGGACCAGGUGGGCUUCUCACAGCUGUCCGGAUCCCAGGUGGUCAGAGCCCAGGUGUGGAGGUCACUGCCGGGCAUGAACAGUGAUGCUGGGGCGGAGGCAGGUGGGAGGUGAGGACAGCGCCUUCCCAUCUGACUGCAGGAACCAACCUCUGGAAUGCUCCCCAGGCCCCCACGGUCCCCUGGAGACCUCAGCUUUGCCCCAGGAAGACAUACAGGUCACAAUCUGCUUUCCAGAGCUUUACCUCCAUGCCUCAGCUCACACCUCGACUCUCAUCCUAUGGCUUCCAGCUGCCCCGGGCCCACGGGGCCUCUGAAAACACAUGCUGACACCCGUCCCCAAGACAAGACAGACAUCCUCACCAUCUCCUCAGGCCCCUUAUAUCUUUACUAAUACUGCCUGUUCCAGACCUAGAAUGCAGCAAAAGCCAUCUCAAUGAGGACAGAAGGGUCUGGAUGCUGGGUUCUUCACAAGGUGGGGGGGGGAUAGUUUAAUGGUAGACUCCUGUAAGUUAACAAGUAAACCACACAGUGCAUCA